GUCUAUCAUAUCAAUUUAACAUUCUGAUUCUUCGCAUUACCAAUCCUUGCAUUGAUGAAUACAAUAACAUCCAUUGGCAUUCUGUCUUGACGUGAGUAUUGAAAUUCACAAAGCGGGAUAUUUUUAGUUCUUAAUAUAUGAUUUGAGACUCUUACAUUGGACGUGGAAUUUUACAUUCUUAUUCUAUUUUACAUUCCUAUUCAAUGAUUUUAUAAGAGCUAUUCAUUUUAAAGGUUUUGCCACAUCCUCAUACAUGGAUUUUCCAUGGUUUUUAUUUGUUGAACUAUCCAUUUUCAUCCUUUGUAUGAUAAUCAUACUUUGUAUCUAAGUCUUUGUCUAAAAAAUUAAAGCUCCUUAGUGUACAAAACUGACAUAGAUUUUACAUGAAGCUACCAAAAACAUGCAGGAAAAAACAGAAUAUUGUGCAAGUAAUCUAAUUUAAAAUAAAAUACAUUUGGGAUUAUCUUGUUCGCCCAUUACAUUAUGAAAUAAAAACUCCUCACAAAGAAAAACAAGUGUUUGUCCUACUAAAAGGCUAUCUAUUCUAUUUUAACUCAUUUAACUACAUGUAAGCAAACAUUUUGCAUGUGCUUUCUUGUUGAAAAUGGAAAUCUAAUAUCUUAUAUAUUGGCUAUUUUCCUACAUGUAAAACUCCUACUUAGCCAAUUUUUUUCAGGUAAACUUCUGUGCACCAAAUCUUUUCUUACAAAACUUAAACUUAUCUUUUGACAAUGCCUUUAUUAACACUUCUGCUACUAUCAAUUUUAUUUCACAAUAUUGCUGCUACACAAUAUUCUUCUCAAUUUAUUCACUAAGUAAUUUGAUAUUGUACUACAAUAUGCUUAGUUCUCCAAUGAAACCUUGAAUUCUUUGUUAUUGCCAUGCAUUUUAGACUGUUACAUAUCAACACUAUUAGUUGUGUUUGAGUAAUCUCAACGUCUUGCAACAAUUUUCUGAAUCAUAUUAAUUCUUUCAUGGAUUGACAAGCUGCUACGUAUUCUGGCCCUGCACUUAAAAGAGAAAUUGUCAGUUAUUACUUGCUCUUGAAUCUAUAUCUCCACUUAAAUUGAAUUAGUCUCUUGAUGUCUAUCUUUGGUCAUCAAUAACUCUUGUCUAAUCUGUAUCACAAUAUUUAAUUAUCUUAGGAGAUUCUUCUGAACUCCUACCAAAUCUAAUCCAGUGCAUGAUAGCUCCUCGAAGAUAUCUGUAAAUUGUUUUGACAGCUGCUAAAUGCCAAGGUUCAGGAUCGUUUGAAAAUUGAUUCACCAUACUUACAACUAAAGACCAAUGCAUACAUCAAACUUCCAACUGCAUUCUGAUAUAAAACAAUAGUCAUAUAAUCUUUUCUUCUUGUUUCUUGGGGCACAUUUCCUGUGAAUUCUACUUAUGAGCUUUUCUUGAAGUACUUAUCCAUUUGCAAUUAUCUAUCGUGAACUUUUUUGAGAAUGUUCUUAACAUAGAUGGCCUACUCGCAAAGUACUCGGCGAGUUUUAAAAACUCGCCAAGUUUUUGCCAAAAACUUGGCAAGUUUGAGACAAAAACUCGGCCGCUACAACAUAACACCGAAAAAUGUCAAAAACACAUUUCAUUUCAUCAUUUUCGCUUGGGUUUUUUGCUAAGAAGGGGGAAGAGUGAUUCCAACACUCUUGCAAGGUGAUUUCCAGCUAUUCUUGCCAAUUCCAUGUGGAUUUGAAGGGGAUUUGAGGUGGUUUUUCAAGAAAAAUCAGAUUCCCAGGUUAACUAAGCAUUAAUUAUGGAAAGUUCUGAUUGGCCACUAGAACCAUGCCCAUCUAGAUAUAUAGGCACCCGUCCUAAAGGUGCUAGAGAUAGGGCUUGGAGGUAUGCCUAUGAGGGACUCGAUUCUGGGACAGUUAUUUGCAUAAAGUGUGAAAAACUACUUCAUGGAGGCAUCAACCACCUCAAAUACCACCUUGUAGGCAUAGACAGUCAUGAUGCUAGAGAAUGCCAAGGGACCAAUCUUGAAAUAAAAAGACAAACGAAUGCCCUACUUGCAGAUAGGGAAGAGAAGAAAUUGCAAAGGGAGAGGGUAAAGCUAGCCAUGAGAUCAACCAUAGCUGAAUCUCAAGAUGCUUCUAUUGACAUUGAAGAAGAACAAGAAGCACUUGAGGGCAUAGUGGGCUCUCGGCGUGGCCCACGUAUCCGCAAACCCACCACCACCACCUUGCCCAUCGCUUCUGCUUUCUCUAGUAGAGUACCUAGGGCUGGCAAGGGCACUGCUGCACCACAAUCAAGGUCCAUAGGUGAUAAUUUUGUAUCCAAGAACACACCUGGAGCACAACCAUCAUUAGAGGCCAUUGGAUGGAAUAGGGAGGCACAUGAGAAAACCAACAUUGCAACAACUGAUUUUUGGUACUUCAACAACAUUCCAUUUAAUGUGGCAGACAAUCCUUAUUGGCUGAAUUUGGUGACCGCAAUGACAGUUGCAGGAAAGGGGUACAAGGCCCCUUCUUGCAAGGAUUUGAGUGGGAGGUUGCUCGCAAAUGCAGUUGCUAGGGCAAAAGAAGUGGUGGACCAAAAAAAUGAAUGGACAAAAUAUGGCUGCACCAUGUUUUCUGAUGGGUGGAGAAGUGGCAAGAACCACACCAUCAUUCAUUUUUCGGUUGCUUGCAAGGACAAUGUAGUGUUCUUGAAAUCGGUUGAUGCCUCCAAUAAGGUGAAAAAUGCAGAAACAUUGGCUGCAAUGUUGGAGCACAUUGUCAUGGAGGUGAGAGUAGAGAAUGUGGUGCAAAUCAUCACAAAUAAUGCAGCAGCAUAUGUGGUAGUAGGUAGAAUCCUCCAGGAGAGGCACCCCACUUUUUUUUGGACACCUUGUGCAACACAUGUCCUUGACCUUCUUUUGGAGGACAUAGGGAAACUUGAGUGGGUGACUCCAGUUGUGGAAGAUGCAAGGAGGAUCACGAAAUAUAUUUACAAUCACCCUUGGGUUCUACAUUUGAUGAGAGAGCACACCCAAGGGAAAGAUUUGGUGAGAGUUGGUGUCACAAGGUUUGCAAUGAUUUUCUUGACGUUGCAAAGCAUUCUUGCUGCAUUGAAUUCUUUGAAACAAAUGUUUGUGAGUGAAGCAUGGCUAAACUCACCUUAUUCAAAGAAGGUUGAAGGAGAGGUUGUCGCAUGCAUAGUCUUCGACAACCAAUUUGCACAAAGAGUUGCAGAGAUUGUGAAGGUGUCAGAGCCCUUGGUUAGAGUUCUCCGCUUGAUGGAUGGGGAUAAAACCCCAAUGGGGUAUAUUUAUGAGGCCAUGGAUAGGUUAAGAAGUCUAUAAAAAAAUACAAGGGGGAUAGCCUCAAAUUUGAUCCCAUUUGGGAAAUUAUUGAUAAGAGGUGGAACAAUCAGCUCCACCAACCCAUUCAUGUAGUAGGGUACUUCCUCAACUUUCGUUUUAAGUUCGGGGGUUCUUACUCAGAUCCUAAUGGAGAGGUCAUGGAGGGCCUCACUACAUGCAUUCAGAGGAUGGUACCUGAUGUUAAGGAGAGAGACCUCAUUGUGGGCGAACUCCAAAAUUAUGAGGAAGCAAGGGGUAAGCUAUUCUCUUUAGAGCUGGCUAGGAGAGGAAGAACCACUCAAUCCCCAGAUGCUUGGUGGCAAAAUUGGGGUGGAAACACCCCCCAUCUCAAAACAAUUGCCCUCAAAAUCUUAUGUCAGCCUUGUAGUUCAUCCAAUUGUGAGCGCAAUUGGAGCUUGUUUGAAGCAAUCCACACGAA